UAUUUGAAAUUUUUACGUGUAAUUACUUGGCGUACAAACUAACCGAAACGUUUAACCGGGCAACUGGUAAUAGACGGGGCGGCGGCCGAAUAAUCGUAACCUAGCGCCGCGUCCGAAAAUCCAGACGGAGCUAUUAAAACCGCGCGGUCCGUCCGCCAUAUUGUAUUUCUCUGUCGGCUGCGUUACUGGCGACGAGUGGAUGUUCCGUACCCAUCGAACUUUACUCAACGAGUUAGAUCAAAAUCUUAUACGCGAUCGUAAAUCAAUUUUGGUGGUUUGCCAAUCGCAGUUUCCAACAAAAUAUCGUCUCGGACAGCGUCGAAGAAUUCAUUGGGACGAAAUGAAAUAUCUGUCGAUAUUUUUAAAAUCGGCCGAAAAUAAUAAGCAUCGUUUACGAGAUAAAUGUGAAAAUUUGAGAUGGUCGACGGAAGAAACCUGCCAUAUUUGCAAAAAGAGAUUUAAGAUUAAAAGCCAGUUCCGCUUGGAAAUAACUCCGUAUCUGUGUGUAAAAUGCAGAACGACGUUUUGUGGAAAAUGCCAACGGCCGCGCAAUCAAUACUGUAUUUGUAAUUUAUGUCGUAAGCGGUUUACGAGUAAAAAAGAGUUGAAAGUGCAUUAUCUAGUGCAUAUAGGAGAAGAGUUUUUCGUCUGUUUUAUCUGCGACAAAAAGUAUUUGUCUUACGAGGAAUUUCGGAAUCAUCAGAAAACUCAUCUGCCUGUGCGGCCAUUUUAUUGUAACCUAUGCGAACUAGGAUUCCAAUGUCGAGACGAUGUAACUUUUCACAAAGGAAAUAUACAUUUUAAGGAACGUAAAUUGAAUUAGUUAACCGUUUUUAUUAUUUUGCAUUUUUAAAUUAAUUUCCAGAGAAAUUAAAAUUUCUAAUUUAAACGUUGCUACGUUCGAGCGUCU